AUGGCAACAUCCCUAAUCAAUCAUGCGGUGGUCCUGCAUGGAAAAGAUGACCUUAGAUACGAGGAGUGGCCACUCUCGGACGAGAUUGGCCCUGGACAAGUCAGGAUUCAAAUCAAGGCCGUGGGCAUAUGCGGGAGCGAUGUCCACUUCUGGAAGCAUGGCAGGAUCGCUCACUUUGUGGUAGAGGCGCCCAUGGUGAUCGGGCACGAGUCAGCAGGGCAGGUCGUGGGCGUGGGGCCUGGAGUAACUGCCCUGCACGUCGGGGACAGAGUGGCUCUCGAGCCCGGCAUCCCCUGCUGGGAGCAUCGACUGAGUGGGUCGUAUAACCUCGACCCAGACAUCAAGUUCUUUGCCACACCCCCACACCAUGGCUCCCUGUGCAAUUUCAUCGACCAUCCAGCCUACCUCUGCUACAAGCUGCCUGAUAACCUCGACUACGAGGACGGCGCCAUGUGUGAGCCGCUCAGCGUGGGCAUCCAUGCAUGCAGGAGGUCUGGCGUGUCCCCCGGAAAGCGGGUCCUAAUCCUGGGAGCCGGACCCAUAGGCCUCGUGGCGCUGCUGUCUGCCUCGGCCUUUGGAGCAGACUGCGUGGCCAUCACUGACCUUCGUCAGGAGGCACUGGACCUCGCCCGGGAGCUGGGAGCCCGCGUGACCCAGCGCACCCUGCAUGACGAGACACCGGAGGAGGCUGCGCGGAAACUGAAGGAGAGCGCAGCCCCAGACGGCUUCGACAUUGUCAUCGACUGCGCAGGGUUCGAGUCUACCAUGCAGACCGCGCUGGCGGCCGCCGCCCCAGGGGCCAAGGUGGUCUUGGUGGGCAUGGGCCAGGUUGAGAUGAAGCUGCCCCUCGGCUCGGCCUCGAUCAGGGAGGUGGACAUCCUGGGAUCGUUCCGGUACAAAAACACGUACGACACAUGCCUGAGCCUCCUGUCGUCUGGCCGUAUCAAUGUCAAGCCCCUCAUCACCCACCGGCAUGACUACACGGAGAAGGAGGUGUUGCAAGGCUUCGAAACGGCUUCAAAGCCUGCAGAAACAGGAGCCAUCAAGGUCAUGUUUUCUUUGUAA